AGUGCAAGAAUUGCGUCUCUAGUCUUAAUGCAGUAUGACAGGACGUUUAGAUGAAGGACAAUGGGAUUUCUUGUCUGGCUAUGGACGUGCAGCAGCAGAAGCUCUUGACAAAAGCAUACAUGGAGAGCUUUGCCAAGUCUAUAGUGUUUUGGUGCCAUUAUGUGCAGUAUUAGGAAGGGCCCAGGCUUUAGGUGUUGAUCUGAAGGAUGUCACAUCAUUGAACUGUCUUGAUGCAUUGUUCUCAUCCGAUCUUGAUCCUAUUCAGAUCACGCGGAUGGCAGCACUGGAUAUGGUACAGGGUUUAUUGCCGUCUGUAGUAGGCAGAAUUGCCGGCGGGAGCCGCGGGAUACAUUGCAGUCGAUCUCAACAUCAACCGAUCUCUAUAAACGCUAAUAGCAACACCAAUAAUUACAAACAGCAGCCGCAACAACUACAGCCACAACAACAACAACGCGGGGUUGCUGCAUCUUACGUGGCAAUGGUUGAUGAGGACGCAGGACAUAGUGCAAUUUUGAAACUCUUUAGCUGGGUACGUCUGCGUGGCGUUAUUGAUGUUUUUGGUGCCUUACUGGUUGGUGCUAUUACAUCAAUCCUGCCUGAAAAUGCAAAGCUUACUUUGAGCGAGUUUGGCUACUAUGCAUUGUUUACCACUUCAAUGGAUAGUUUGGGAUCCUGGACUGACCCACGGGUCAAAAUCAUCGCAAUGCUCAGCAAUGGUGAUGCUGGGAAGGCUCUGGAGGCAGUCCCUGGGGCGCAUCAGCGAUUCUUAAAGCUACUAAUUCAGGUGUUUGAAGACCAGCUGGCGUUUGAAUCGAAUGCAUUGAGUAAAAAAAUUGUAGCGGAGGCUGCAUUACUAGCGGAGGAGAGGUUUGAUUCGCAGCGUGGCCUGACCAGGUCGAUAGCAACAUCUGCACUUUAUGCAAGUUCACCCAAAACAUGUGCGAGUAUCACACGUUAUGCUCUAUGCCUUACAGAUCUAUAUUACUUAGAUGGAAAGCAUCAGGAUACAUUGGCAUCAUUUCUUUAUGGGUGCAUGGUGGCCUCUCGUUGUUUUAUAGAUUUGGAUCGGCUCGAUCGUCGGGUCUGGUCUGCAUAUACCCAUACCCCAUCAAUAAUUGCUCCACCAUCUUCAUUUUCGCCAGCACUAUCGCAGGCCAUCGUACCCUCACAAGGAGGGGUUCCUCUUUCAGGUUCGUUCGGCUCUCUGAAUGAAACGGUAUAUCCAACUCUGACUUCAUUGUCCGCCAUGAAUGGUGGCAGCGUUGGGCCCCCUAUUGGACUUGGUCUUACAUCUAAUUCAGCGCCAGCACCAGAGACAAAUGGGAUGAAUCUUAUGUCUCUAGGUCCAGAGCAACUCCCUGGACCCCACGGCGCGCCAGGGCCCAUGUUUUCUUCGCUAGGCUUACCAGGAUCAUCAGGAUCACCAGGACCAGCCCUAACAGGGCCUUCUUCUCUACCACCGCCGCCACCGCCAGGCCUGCCCAUAGUCACUGGAGGAAUGCCUAUUGCUGGUGGUCAUCAUCAACAAUUGCCCGUACCUUCUGCGUUUGCUUUGAGAGCCAUCGAUAGUUGUAUGCAACUGCAGGAGCCGCUGGCAAGCGCAGCAUUGCAGCAAUUCCUUCCACGAGUAGAUUAUAAUCAAGCCUUUGCUGCUAUUCGGCUUGCACAUGAGCACGGAGCGCUUACAUUUUCUGGAAGAGGAACUUUAGCAAUGGCUCCUUCUAAUAUACCAAGCAUGCCCUCCUCCACACCCACUGUAGGGCUGAAUCCAGGGAUGGCGAUCCCUACACCAUUUGGGAGCUCAGGAUCUUUUGGUAAUAAUGGUGCUGGAGGGUCUGGACCCGGAGCUGGAGUAGGACGAGGUGCAGGAAAUCAACAAGGAGUAACAGCCGCACUAGGGCAAUUCUUUGGUACUCCGACCUUGUCAUCGGCAUCGAACAUAUCCCCAAGAGUGCAGUCGUCUGGAACCGUGUUUAGACCGAAGCUUGACGCCAAUGGGACGCCAAUUGUCAAAAGGGGAUCCGUGGGUGCUGGUGGUCCUUUCAUUCUGAAUGGAGGAGGUAGUGGGGCUGGCAAGAGCCAAGUGGUACAUAGUCCACAUAGGGUAGGCGGUAGUGGUAGUAGUGUCCUUUCUCCCCAAUUAUUUUUAGAUCUGGUGUUUGAUGUAUCAUUUUUGGAGUUAGUCAGUCAUUUGUGCAAGGAGAGCAAGGAUCAGCAGGGUUUGUUGAGAGUGCAGGCACGAAUUAACUGCAACCGAAUGGCGCUUGAUGUUAGACAGCCCUUCCGGGAUCAAGUGCAUCACUUGGCCCAACAAGAUCUUCUUACAAGACUGUGGUCAAAGUACGUCAGGAUCGGGUAGUGAUAAUACGAGCUUAUUUAUAGACACAUAUUUUUUAAAUGCAAACGCUGUUCUGCCAUAUUGUUUAUUUAAUACUCCUGCCACAUAAAAGAGAACAACGGAUAUGAAUUACUUUUGCAUCUCAGAAAAAAUGGGUAAAUUAUAACGCAAGGCC